CUAAUGGGGAGCUUGUGGGGCUUGGGAAUGUUCUGCUGGUUGAAGGCUUGUCUGCUAACCUUCUCUCUGUGCAACGACUGCAGAAGAGCAAGGCCGAAGUGACCUUUGGACCAACCAGCUGCCGUGCUAAGCUUGGGAAGAAGGUGCUGUGGAGUCUGGAAGAGGAGACCAGCUGCAUCAAGGACCUGUGGCAGCUGCCCAUCAUCCCAUGGAAUGGGAAGACUCCAACAGCAGCAACGGCAGCAGUGGCAAAGGCAACAGCAGGAGGAGAUGCAACUGCACCAACUGAUGGGGUGCUGGAAGCAGUCAAGAAAGUGCAGAAGCAGCAGACACAUGGUGAGGCAAUCACUUCCAAGAUGAUCUACAGGCACAAGUAUGGACCUGAAGGGGAGCUGACCCGCUACAAGUCUAGGCUUGUGGCACGGGGGUUUCAGCAGACAAAGGGGAAGGACUAUGAUGAGGUGUUUGCUCCUGUGGGGAAAGGAACAACACUGAGGGUGCUGUUGGCGAUAGCUGCACUCCUGGGAUGGAAGAUACGGCAGAUGGACAUUGUGACUGCUUUUCUGAAUGGGAUCAUUAUGGAGGAGGUGUACAUGAAGCAGCCAGAGGGGCUGGAUGACGGGAGCGGCAGGGUCUGCAGGCUGAAGAAGGCCAUCUAUGGCCUUAAGCAGGCGCCUCGUGCAUGGCCUAAGUGGCACUGGGUGAGGAGACUCCUUGAUAAGGAGGUGCGGCUGGAGAUAGUGAAGACCCAUCAGCAGGCAGCAGAUAUUUUCACUAAGCGUCUGGCGGAGGCGGAUCAUUGGAAGGGCAUGAAGCUUGCUGGGAUGAGUGUGCAUUGAGUAUGCAUGCUUGAGAUGUGGUAUGGUCGAUGAUGGUUGGCAGCCAGAGGGGGAGAUUGUUGUGUGAUGUCAUCAUAUGUUAUCACAUUCUGUCUGCCUCCCAUCCCUUGUUUCAAUUCGCACGUAUGGUUUGACUGUGUGUGAAAGAAUUUGUGUGGUGUGUUCUGGAGUUUGGGAAUGUGUUUUGUGUUAUUCUGUCUGAGCAGGUAUUUGUGAUAAUAGAUCUUGAGAAGAUCUUUCCGACGCAACAAGAAUCGCUUCAAUCGGAGCAAGAACGCGAAAGCUAUGAAGAUUCAAAGUUCAUGAGCUUGCGUUACAAUUGCGGCGGUUACUAAGUGAAGUUGUGGGGUGACUUUAUAUGGAGUUGGGACCUUUGGGGUUGGGGAAAUUCGUCACUCUACUGUAACAGCUGCAAAUUGGUUGGGAACAA